AGAAAGAAUUCUCAUCUGGGGCAGGAAAAAGAAGAAAAAGAGAAGAAUGAAAACAAAAGAAGGAAAUUAGAUCCCUCUGAGAAUGACAAGGACAAGAAAGAAGAGGGAGAACUGGAUGACGAUGACGACGGUGAUGACGAAAUCAUUGAUCCACCAACGGCAUGGGUAGAGGAGUUAUGGGAUAGACCCGAUAUCCUCAAAAAAUUCCAUGAUGGAAGGAAAAAUAUCGAAGAUCAUAUAAAUCAUAUGAUAAACCAAGUAGUCCUUGACUUCGACUUUGUUGUCAUUCACACUACAUUUCUUUUCUAUUCCAUGCAGUUCGACCAGAGUGAAAAUUUCUUCACGGAUGAUAUGCAAGGCAACCUAUAUGUACGAUUGAGUCAAUAUAGACUGCAAUAUUUUGGAGAUGGAUGAACAAUUUGAGUCCAAGAGAUUGUGUAGAUCUAUUUUUUUUGCGAGAAAGAUAUGCUGUCCAAUUUUGUCAAAAAGCUGGAUGCAUGGUGGCUGGUGAUAUAGAUUUUUUUUGCUCCUAGAAAUGAGAGAUUUAAACAAAGUGACAUCAAAACUUGAAUUAUGGAGAAGAGAAUGCUUGAUACUUGUCAACAUAAGUAUGUUCUGUAAUAAUUGCAAAAAUCUAUUAGCCAAGACAUGUCUGCAAUCCUUUUGAAUAUCACUGCAUUGCUAGUGAGACUAGCACAAACGAUUACCAAGAUAUAUAGGAAUAAAAUACCGUGAUUUUUGUUUCCAAGAAAGAAAAUUAUUGUUAUUUUACUUGCAUGCACUACAAUAUGUACUAUCCUUGUAUUGCACCAAGUUGGGGACUUUUUUCUACAGUUGACUAAAGGUCCACUUUUUUCAGGCUGGAGGUAUCAUAAGACUUAAAAGGACAGGCAUUUCAAACAUUAAGUGAUCAUUUAUCCCAGAAAUAAGAUCUAGCAGGCCACAUUAGGUUUGUGAAAGGGGUUUCAGGUUAGAAGCUACAUGUAUAUGAAAGGAAAGCCUUUCCUGUCAAGAACACUGUUAAAUAGAUAGGUCUUUGACAUUGGGCCAGAGCCUCCUUGUAUAAAACUUUGUGACUCCCUUCCUCCUUCCCAUAGACGUAGUUCUAUAGAAAAAAAAAGCCUUAUAAAUUGUAAAUAAAAACAUUCCCUUCACUUCAGGUUCAUGAUUGAAACAAAACUGUCUGAAAUCAUUCUUAUAAUAUUGAAGGAAAUACUUUUUUUCUAUAGAUUUCCUGUUUACCUGCAAGCUACAAUCAAGCUGUUUAUGUUUGACUUAGCUUAAAGUAAACAAGAUUUUGCCAAUAUCCAUGUCUCACUUAAACUGUCUAUCACCCUUGCCUAAUAUCUUUCUUUUUCAAAAGUAGAUAUACAAAAUAAACAAAAAAAGCAGCACAAUAAGAUUUGGAGUUAAUCCUGAUUUUUAAAAGACGAUCGAAAUCAUGGUUCUCGGAGUAAAAAACACGCCAUACAGGGGACUGGCACUAGUAAGUUGUGACGUCAACCCGCUAUCUUGGCAAUAACAUGCAACAAAACACAACAAAGAAAUAUAGCGAGUUACGCGUGUUCUCCAGUUUUUUGGUCUUCUUCUUCUUCCAAAAUGUCAGACGGCAACUCUAAUUCCGAAAGGAGCUACAAUUCUGAUGAUUCAGAGUACAAUUUUAUCCCUGGCCACGUCAACAUUGGCGAUAUUGAAGUCCAAGACGAUGAAAAUUUAGGCGAAGAGCACGUUUCCCAGCCAGACCCAGACAACUACAAACCCUAUGAGGACGAGCCGAUAGCAACUGAAGGGUUGCUUUCAGAAUACAAAAAAAGACAAAAAACGCAAGUUGAGUUCAAGCGAAAGCUCCAGGAUUGUUACGAUGGGAAACAACUCCUAAAUUUCUGGUGCAAAUGUGGUGCAUGUAGUGCGGAGAAUCUGCAGAACCUGAAUGAAUUCCAGUGCUGCAUGGCAAUAGAAGAGUGCGUGGAGUGUCUAUCUAGUGAAAUGGUAAUCGACGAAGUGGGCACAAAGCUGAACUGUGUUACGCAGCAUCCCAGAUUCAGCCAAGUUUGCCUGCAAAAGUGGAGUUUGUGGUUGGCUGCUGAUAAAUACAAGACAAGAAAUAAGACGAAGUAUCAUCAGACUGGAACGGAAAACAGGUUUCUGCGUGGUAUUUCCUAUCGAGAAUUUACUCGCCUUGUCCACGGAUACUUAGGUGGGAGGAGGAUACCUUUGCCUGCAUGCACAUACCAUGCAAUAAGAACAACAUUUCCAGAGGAGAAAUCUUCAUAUGCUGGAUUUGAAACUGAAGAUUUUGAAUGAUGGACAGCUCAUAGACAUUAAUUGAACAUUGUUUCAUAGUUAAAUAAAUUGGAAUAUUUAUAUCUCGGAAGUUCUCAUUUUGCUUCAUCUAGAUUCCCUUCUGAUUUUUUGCACAUGUGGUCACAUUUUUGUGUCCUUUUAUAGGCUGCUGGCGUGUGGAACAGUAGCGGGGCUUUCCUUUAGUGGCCUGUGGUGGCUGCUGGAUUCCAUGAGUCUCUACAACUUAAAACAAAUGAUGUUUGUGUGAUAAGCCAUGCAUUUAACUGGGAUUCAGGGGAUAAUAAAGUGAGCCAUUGAAGUCUUAAACGUUUGAUUUCUUAUUGGCCAAUAGGAAAACCAAAAUUUUGGAAUUAUAUUCUUAAGGUAUUUCAUUAUAGCAUCUUUGUCACUGGCAGACAAGGCAUUUAAAAUUCAACCCAUUUUCCAUGGUAUUCAGUAUAAAGCAUUUCUUCAUCAGACUAGAAAAGAACAGUGAGAGUGAUAUGUCAAAGAACAUAACACACCGACCCUGACUAGGAUUGAAUGGUACUUUUUGUACUUUAUUGAAAUUACCAGGUGUUAUUGGGGGCACAUCUUUGACUGUCUUUCCUUUCCUUUCUGCCCUCUUAACAAUAGCCUCCUCCCAUGAUUGCCUUUCCAACAUUGUAUUCAUAGGUGGGGGAUUCAUGUCACUCAAUUCCCGCAUGGCAACCCCAAGCUGGCCUUUUUCCUGAGAUUCAAUAUAUGUUUGGUAGAUAUCCUCCACAUAAUCUGCAAUAAUAAUAGGACACACCUCUUAUUUAGUGGUCAAGGAAAAAAAAAUUCAGAAAAUAAUUCAUACUUUUAGCAGAAUUCUGGUGGUUCAGGUCAUGUACAACACCUUUAUUUUAAUCUACAUGUAGAUAUAUA